CGCGACGGGGCCCUGGAGCGGCAGCAGGACGAGCAGGACGCGGAGGAGGACUACCAGGUGGCGGGCGGCCCGGCGGAGACACAGUCCCAGCAAGAGGAGCAGCGCGGCGGCCAGGGGCCCGGCCCCCAGCAGCUCCCGGAGCCUGCUGAGGACGCGCGUGACAGUAACAGCGAAGGGGGCCUGGGCCUCAGCUGCCAGGGGCCGGCGGGCUCAGGGGGCAGCGCCGAGGCCCUGCUGAGCGACCUGCACGCCUUUGCUGGCAGCGCGGCCUGGGACGACAGCGCCGAAGCCGCUGGGGGCCGGGGCCUCCACGUCACCGCACUGUAAGAGCCAGAGUGGCGUCCCGUCCCUGUCAUUGCACCUGUGCGUCCCGAGCUGCCCUGGACCCAGCGUCACCCACACCUGCGCCCCCCCCAUGUAAGAGUCUCAGACGAUCGCUCCCCCACCGGUUCUGUCCCCCAAGCUGUGCAUCCCUGUCCCCACCAGGAAGGCCGCCCACCCCUAGGGGCACUGGGGUCAUCUGAAAUAAAACCCCUCCAGCCCUGUG